CUCCCUGCCCCGGCCAUGUACGGCCUACUGGAGACUGAGCUCAAGAGCCCCGUGGGGCCACCCACUCCCGCGACGGGCGCAGGCGGCCCCGCGGCCCCAGGAGGAGCCGGCAAGAGUGGCGUGAACGCAGGCGGCGUCGUCAUGAACGCAGGCGGCGGCAGUGGCGCGAACGGCGGCGGCACCGACCAGGAUCGCGUGAAGCGGCCCAUGAACGCCUUCAUGGUGUGGUCCCGUGGACAACGGCGCAAAAUGGCCCUGGAGAACCCCAAGAUGCACAACUCGGAGAUCAGCAAGCGCCUGGGCGCCGACUGGAAGCUGCUCACGGACGCCGAGAAGCGGCCAUUCAUCGACGAGGCUAAGAGGCUGCGCGCGGUGCAUAUGAAGGAGUACCCGGACUACAAGUACCGGCCGCGCCGCAAGACCAAGACUCUGCUCAAGAAGGACAAGUACUCGCUGCCUGGCGGCCUGCUGCCCCACGGCGCCGCCGCCGCCGCCGCCGCGGCCGCGGCCGCAGCCGCCGCAGCCGGCGGCCCGGUGGGCGUGGGCCAGCGCCUGGACACGUACGCGCACGUGAACGGCUGGGCCAACGGCGCGUACUCGCUUGUGCAGGAGCAGCUGGGCUAUGCGCAGCCCCCAGGCAUGAGCAGCCAGCCGCCGCCGCCCGCGCUGCCGCAGAUGCAUCGCUACGACAUGGCCAGCCUGCAGUACACCCCCAUGAUGCCGCCCGGCGCCCAGAGCUACAUGAACGCCGCCGCCGCCGCCGCCGCUGCUGCCUCCGGCUACGGGGCCAUGGCGCCCUCGGCCGCCGCCGCCGCUGCCGCCUACGGGCAGCAGCCGGCCGCCGCCACCGCAGCCGCUGCCGCCGCUGCCGCCGCAGCCAUGAGCCUGGGCCCCAUGGGCACGGUGGUGAAGACGGAGCCCAGCUCGCCGCCGCCCGCCAUUGCGUCGCACUCGCAGCGCGCGUGUCUCGGCGACCUGCGCGACAUGAUCAGUAUGUACCUGCCGCCCGGCGGGGACGCGGCCGACGCCUCCUCACAGCUGCCCGGCGGCCGCCUGCACAGCGUGCACCAGCACUACCAGGGCGCCGGGACUACGGUCAACGGCACCGUGCCGCUGACCCACAUUUGA